AUGAGGUGGUCGGAAGACGGAAACACCGUAGUUAUAGUGGAUGAGCAGGAAUUAACAACGAAACUACUUCCCGAUUUCAAUACGACCACUUAUUUCUCCUUUACACAGCAGUUAAGGUUGCACGGUUUCCGAAAAGUCGAGAAUGGCUACGAGCACCCACUAUUCAGACGUGGCCGUCCCCAAGAUAUGUACUUAAUUCGAAGGAAAGGUGGGAAGCCUCUGCCGCCAUCCUCGUUCGAUUCUCGAAUGCUCUCCCCAUCUGACGUUGCAAAUGUACGGUCCCCCAGCUCUAUAUCAACUCCAGCGAGCUCUGCGGGUUACGGCAGUGCACGGUCGUCCCCAAACCACGUACAUCCAUUGAGUGCGGGAAACGGUGUCUCGAAUGGGGCUAAUUCUCAUGGACAGAACUAUAAAGUCGUCAAACGAGGAAGAAAACCGAAGGCACACAUGCAAGCCCAGCAAUAUAGUGAUUGGGGUGCUUGA